AUGGGAGGCAAUGAACCACCAAAAAAUUCAGCUGACGCAGAUGGUGCGCUCCACAAUCAUGUAGAUGGUGGUGAGGAUGAUCUAGAAAACGGUAAGCAACACCAACCUGAGACCACCCUGAAACCCCUUAUCCCAGUGGCGGCGCGUGUCGAAGUGCACCCAUUGGUGCUACUGUCCCUUGUUGAUCAUCACGCGCGCAUGAACAGCAAAGCAAUCCACGAAAAGCGUGUAAUGGGCCUGCUCUUGGGACGCUACAAACGGAACUCUGACAACACUCAGACUCUCGAUAUCAACAACAGUUUUGCUGUUCCUUUUGACGAGGAUGCUAACAAUCCCGAAGUGUGGUUCUUCGACAUCAACUACGCGGAGGAGAUGUUUGCCAUGUACCGUCGUGUUCUGCCACGGAUCAAAAUUGUUGGGUGGUAUUCCUCCGGUCCCACUGUCCAGCCCAACGAUAUGCUGCUCCAUCUGCUUGUAGCGGACCGCUUCUGCCCGAAUCCAGUGUACUGCGUGGUCAAGACCGACCCAAAUAACAAGGGGGUGCCUGUGCUGGCCUACACCACCGUGCAAGGUCGAGAGGGCACACGAUCGUUAGAGUUCCGCAAUAUCCCAACCCAUCUUGGCGCUGAGGAGGCCGAAGAGAUUGGCAUUGAGCACCUUCUGCGCGACUUGACUGACUCUACAAUCACCACAUUAUCAACAAAAAUCCAGGAACGCGAGCUCUCGUUGACGCACCUGUGCGACGUUCUGCAGCAAAUUGAAGAGUAUUUGGGUGACGUGACCAAGGGUCUGCUGCCCAUCUCAGAGGACGUGCUGGAGGUGCUGCAGGAGGCUAUUAGCUUACAACCAGAAAUCUACCUGCACAAAACCUCAACUGAGAUGAUUCGCCAUACAAACGAUAGGGCACUCUCAACAUUCCUGGCCGACAUAGCGCGCUGUGUGGGGGCUCUGCACGAAGUAAUUGUUAAUCGACGUAACAUUGCUCGGGAGCUGAAGGAAAUUAAAGCCUCCUGUGCUCAGGUGGGGGAGCAGAAGCUGGAGAAUGAGAAGGAAAAGGGAUCGGAUGCCGCCAAGGAGGUGACAAACAGACAAAGCUAG